UCAGGGUCGGAAGCAGGAAGUAGACUGCGGGGUGUAGGACGCGGCGGCUGCUGGUCCCUGCUGCUGGUCCCUGCUCCCAGUCCCGGUCUCACUGCAGUCCCGAGGCGCGAUGGAGAAGCUGCGGCUCCUGGGCCUGCGCUACCAGGAGUACGUGGCCCGCCACCCGGCCGCCACGGCCCAGCUGGAGACGGCGGUGCGGGGCCUCAGUUACCUGCUGGCAGGGCGAUUCGCUGAUUCCCACGAGCUGUCAGAACUGGUGUACUCUGCCUCCAACCUGCUGGUGCUCCUGAAUGACGGCAUCCUGCGGAAGGAGCUCCGGCAGAGCCUGCCCGGGUCACUGUCCCAGCAGAAGUUGCUGACGUGGCUGAGUGUGCUCGAGUGCGUGGAAGUGUUCAUGGAGAUGGGGGCUGCCAAGGUGUGGGGGGAGAUGGGCCGUUGGCUUGUCAUCGUCCUCAUCCAGUUGGCUAAGGCUGUGCUGCGUGUCCUGCUGCUGCUCUGGUACAAGGCUGGCCUCCAGACCUCACCCCCCAUCGUGCCACUCGAUCGGGAAAUGCAGCUUCACCCCCAAGGUGGUGAGCACAGUGUGGGCAGCCAGGACCGGCCAUAUGUGGGAAAGCGGUCCAGCCGGGUGGUGCGAUCCCUGCAGAGCACACCAUCCUUGCACUCAAGGCACUGGGGAGCCCCCCAGCAGCAGGACGGGCGGACACACCACCGAGGGGAGGAGCUGGAAGCUGGCCCCACCCCCUUGGGGCUACAGGAGACCAUUGCUGAGUCAGUGUACAUAGCCCGACCCUUGCUGCACUUACUGAGUUUGGGCCUGUGGGGUCAGCGGUCAUGGAAGCCUUGGCUGCUCUCUGCUAUCUUGGACGUGACUAGCCUAAGUCUGCUGAGUGACAAAAAAGGGCUGACUCGGCGGGAGCGCCUGGAGCUCCGGCGACGGACCGCCCUGCUGCUUUACUACCUGCUGCGCUCCCCCUUCUAUGACCGCUUCUCAGAGGACAGAAUCCUCUUCCUGCUGCGGCUGCUGGCUGAUUACAUUCCUGGUGUUGGUUUGAUUACCCGGCCACUGAUGGACUACUUGCCUGCUUGGCAGAAAAUUUAUUUCUACAAUUGGGGCUGACAGGCGAUCCAGGGCUGAGGAAGAGGACUGCUGAGAGGGUGGGGGAUGCGGGGGGCAUGAUCUGCUGCAGGAUCAGGCAGCACAUCCCUUCAGCCCCUCAGCUCCUCUGUCCUCUAAUAAAACUGGCCCCUAGUGAUGCUCCUAAGUGUGUCCCCUCUGUGCCCCCACAGCGAGGGGAGCCCAGCCGGCCCUUGGGAGCUGGAGCCGCCUCAAAAUGAACGACCACCUGUUCUACACAGCACAAGCCCUGGGCCCGAGCAGUCACUGCUGCAGACUGGGCCUGCCCUGUACUACGGUGCCACCUCUUUUCAUGAAGCUCUAUCAUGUGCAAUCAGCUUUGUUAAAAAGCAAGAAACUUCUAAUCCCUGGAAAGUAGGACUGGCCACCUUCCAGCCUCAGGACCACCUACCUUUGGUCAGGGCUUCCUGUCGAAGGUAAAUAGGGAGGACCUUGACAGAGCUGGGAUAUGGUCAGAAAGAGUCCUUCAGACUCCAGGGUCUCCCCCAUCCAAGUCUUUAAUCUUUCCUCCCCUCCUCCCCAACUCAAAAGUAAGAAAAGGCUUCACUUUCCCAAUGAA